CCCUGUCCUUGGAGUGGUCAGUGUAAAGCCAACACGAGAGGUCCGUUGUUCCGGAACGGGGGUGGAAGAGAGGAAGUUCUCCACAGUGGCGGCUUGAGAGGCUUGAAAGCGGGUGAAAAUAGGCUAGAAAAUUCGCAAUCUACUGUGGCUUUGAGUGGAAGAAGCGCUCCUCUAGGGUUUCUUUUCCUUAUUUUUUUUCUCGGCUGCCCGUUGUUCUUCGUGCCAGGCGCCGUUUGCGAGGCGAUCGAGCGCUGCCGGACGAAGUAUUGCAUCAUCGCAACAGCAAACCGCUCCAGGCAUCGCCGAUCGAGUGAAAAAGAAGCAUCGCGAGGGCGUAAUAUCUGUUUUCUCCUCCCUCGUCCUCUUCUGCCCUGUUGCCGUGUGAUUCUCGGUGGGAGCGGCUCAGUGGGGGAAAUUUUCCUUUUCUCCAGUGUCUCGAUCCCAGUGCCGCCGCUUGUUCUAUAAAUCCGAGGGCCGAUCCCUUCUCUGGGCAUUGCCGGUGCUGAUCGAUCGCCGCCGCCUCAUGCAGCAGAGGCCGACGGAGUGCAAGGACCCCGCGAGCUCGUGAAAUUGUGUCGCCAAGAAAAGCACAGCGGCAGCAGCUGGAACUUAGCUAAGGCGGGGCAGGCAGGCCGAAUUUGACUAAAACUCUUUUUUUACUCGGCGCUUCGUAUCGCUCCUCCCCGUAUCUCGAGUCUUCACGUGCUGCAUCAAAGGGGGGCUCGUGGAAAGAGCCGUUCUAGAAACUUUGGUGAUCGCUUUGGCUUGCAACUUGCAAGGCUUUGGACCAACCAGAGAGGAUCUCAUCCUGAUGGCCGUCAGCUCCAAGCGCAGCAACGCAAUGCUCGCGGAUCCCGGUGCGGCCUUCACCUCCAAGUUCUCGGACAUGCCAGACUCGUCGCUCUCGCUACUGGGUUCCAGCUCCAGCCUCUUCCCGUAUUGCAGCAGCUCGGCUCCCUUCGCGGCCGCGCAGCAGAGAAUUGGUGGAUGCCGGUACGAGAACGGGAGGAUCAGCAGCUGGAUCGAAGCGAUGCGUGCGUCCUCGCCUUCUCGAGGCGCGCCGGUCAAGGAUGAGCAGAGCAACAACGUCAAUAGCAGCAGCAACAGCAGCAGCAGCAGCAGCAGCAACAUCAGCAGCAGCAAUCACUUGAAGCACGUCACCGCCGAGAGCCCAUACGCCGAGUGGCUGGAAGGCCAUCCCUCCGCCCUGGACUCUUUUGGCAACAUGAUGGAGGGAGCAAAAAAGAAAAAGGUUGCUAUUUUCUUGGAUUACGACGGUACACUGUCUCCAAUCGUUGAGAAUCCGGAGCAGGCGUUCAUGUCGGACGAGAUGCGAGCGGCUGUGAAGCAGGUUGCGCUGCGCUUUCCAACUGCAAUAAUAAGCGGAAGGGGAAGAGACAAGGUUAAAAAUUUUGUGCAACUCUCUGAGCUCUAUUAUGCAGGUAGUCAUGGCAUGGACAUUAUGGGUCCAGCCGAUGCCUGCGAUGGAGUCACAGUUGAGGGAACGCGAGGCAAAGAUGAGAAUGGGAAUGAUGUCGUUUUGUUUCAACCCGCGGCCGAGUUCCUGCCGAUGAUGAACGAGGUGUUUGGCCUCUUGUUGGAGAGGACACAAGCAAUUCAAGGGGCAAGCGUGGAGAACAACACCUUCUGCAUUACAAUUCACUUCCGGAGAGUCGAAGAAAAGAGCUGGCACCUGUUGGCAGAGAAAGUGCAGGAUGUCUUGAAAGACUACCCAAAGCUGCGGCUGACUCAGGGCCGUAAGGUGCUAGAGGUUCGGCCUUGCGUAGAGUGGGACAAGGGCAAGGCGGUCGAAUAUCUGCUUCGCUUGUUAGGUACUCCAUUUUGUUUGCAAGGCGGAGAUUUUUGUACUGACCGGAGGCUAAUCUCUGCUUGUGCCUUCCGGCUCACAGGACUCGAGGACUCUGAUUCUUUACCAAUAUACGUUGGCGAUGAUACGACUGAUGAAGACGCGUUUAAUGUUUUUAAGAACCGUAAGAUUGGAUGUGGUGUGCUAGUCACCCGCGGGCCAAAGGCUACGAGCGCGUCGUAUUCGCUUCGUGAUCCACCCGAGGUGAUGAAGUUCCUCCAUGCUCUGGUUAAUUGGAGCUCAUCUCCAUCUACUACUACUACUACUUCUACGACCCAGUAACGAGGGGGGGAGAGGAGCUCCAGUGUCUCUUGCUCGCGCGAGCGCCGCAUCAAAGUCGUCGUAGCAUCGCAUCGAAUCGGAUCGAUGAUGCUCUCUCUCCUUACGGAUCGUUCCAGGUACUGCUCUUAAGAACCGGUUUAGUGUCACCACCAUAACGCGACGAGACGAAACAAGCUGUACAGUGAGUAAUUGUCAAGCCAGCAGCGGAGAAAGGAUUCUUUUCCUUCUUGUUCGACGAGUGAGGAGAUUUUAUGGGCCGAGAAAUCGAAGAUGGUCCCAUUUUCAGAGAUGAAAAAAAAAAAAAAGAAGAAAAGAACUGCUGCUUAAAUUUGUCUUGGAAUUAAUGCAAUCGUUGAGAAUGAGAUUGUCUUGGAA